AUGGAAUACCGAGGACAAAGGCGCAGACGGCACUGGUGCGUUGCUUUGCCUGUUUUAUGGUUGCUGUGCUUCGGGCGGCACGUCUGGGCACAGAUACGAUAUGCUAUUCCAGAGGAGACGAAAGAAGGUUCUAGUGUUGGAAAUGUGGCAAAAGAUUUGGGUCUGGACAUUAGCAAGUUGGCGGAGAGGCAAUUUCGUAUAGUCUCUGGAUCCGAGGACGCUCGUUUCCAGGUAAACCAGAACAAUGGAGGCUUGUAUGUGCGUAGAAAAAUCGACAGGGAAGAGCUAUGUGAUGACAGUCCGACUUGCAUAAUUAACCUUAAGAUAGUUGUCGAAAGCCCGCUUGAAAUUCAUUAUGUGGAGGUCGAGAUUACCGAUGUAAAUGACCAUUCUCCAGUAUUUUCAGAAACAGAGCAGAAUCUUGAGAUAGCUGAGAAUACUGCCCCGGGAGAGGAAUAUCAGUUGCAUCCGGCACGCGAUCCUGAUCAUGGGCAAAAUUCAGUCCGCUAUUAUAAACUCAGUCAAAGCAAUUACUUUCAAAUUGAGAUGAGAGACAACGGCGAUGACACCAAAACCCCCUUUUUGAAGUUGAGAAGUGCCCUUGAUAGAGAGCAUCAGUCUAAACAUAAGUUAAUAUUAACGGCAAUAGACGGGGGAAACCCACCUAGGUCCGGUAGUAUGAAUAUUACUAUAUCAGUGUUAGAUAAUAAUGACAACAGACCUGUAUUCGAUAAGGUUGCAUACUCUGUAACUAUACCAGAAAAUGUUGCCAUUAAUUCGCUUGUGCUUAAAGUAAAUGCCACAGAUUUAGACGAUGGCCUGAAUGGCCAGGUUGAAUAUUCUUUUGUUAAAAGCCUUAAAAGGAAAGUGUAUGACACUUUCGAUUUAAACAAAGAUACCGGUGAAAUCACUAUAAAAGGAAAUGUGGACUUCGAGGACACUGACAUUUACAGAGCUGAUAUUACAGCGUCCGAUAAAGGCCAGCCUCCAAAGACAACAAACUGUAAGGUUCUUAUAAAGAUAGCUGAUGUAAAUGAUAAUGCGCCCGAGAUAGAUGUAACUUCAUUGUCCAGUUUAGUUCCUGAAGAUUCUAAACAAGGCACAGUCAUAUUUCUAAUCAGCGUUUCCGAUAAGGACUCUGGCGAUAAUGGUCAAGUUAAAUGCAGUUUGUCCGAUGGCUUGCCUUUUGAGCUAAAACCAUCCUUCAAGGACAACAUGUACUCUUUAGUAACCAAAAGUGCAUUAGACAGGGAGCAAAAGUCUUCUUAUGAAAUUACAAUAACCGCUGCAGAUUCAGGCCAGCCUUUACUGUCCACUGUAAAAACAAUGACUGUGGAGAUUUCAGAUGUAAACGAUAACCGCCCAGAAUUUCCCCACAAUCCUCUAGAACUGUACCUGCUGGAAAACAACGCACCAGGUGCGUCAAUAUUCUCCGUGAGUGCCAAUGACAAAGACCUAAAUGAAAACUCAGCAGUAACGUAUCAAAUCGCCCGCGGCAACGGCACGCAGAAUGACAUGACCUCUUUCUUAAAUAUAAACUCAGAGAACGGACAUAUUCAUGCACUGAAGAGUUUUGACUUUGAGACAGUAAAGACAUUCCAAUUCGUGGUACUGGCCACGGACUCGGGUACUCCACCACUAAGCAGCAAUGUGACCGUUAAGGUGUACAUACUGGACCAAAACGACAACGCACCUGUCAUCUUGUCCCCAAAAAGUGCGAACGGGUCAGCUGAGGGUGUCGAGGAGAUUCCGCGCAAUGUGAACUCCGGUCACUUGGUGACAAAAGUGCGCGCUUGUGACGCAGAUGUUGGAUACAACGGCUGGCUACUGUUUUCAGUUCAAGAAGUGACGGACCACACUCUGUUCAGUUUAGACCGUUACACUGGACAGAUUCGGACUCUUCGCACAUUUACAGAGACGGACGAGUCGCAACAGAAACUCGUCAUUCUGGUGAAAGAUAACGGGAAUGUUUCCCUUUCCGCCACUGCAACAAUAAUAGUGAAGGUUGUGGAGCCCAAGGAGGCUUUCGCUGCAUCAGAUAUUAAAAACCCAUUGAGUGACGAGGAUGACAGCAGUGUGACAUUUUAUUUAAUCAUCACCUUGGGCUCGGUGUCUGUCCUUUUCCUCAUUAGUAUCAUCGUCUUGAUAGCUAUGCAGUGCUCAAAAUCCACAGACUACGCCUCCAAGUACUUACAGGACACGAACUAUGAUGGAACUUUAUGUCACAGCAUCCAGUACAGAUCUGGAGACAAGAGAUACAUGCUGGUUGGACCCAGAAUGAGUAUUGGAUCUACCAUAGUUCCAGGGAGCAAUGCGAAUACACUAGUGGUUCCAAAUCGUGGACGAAGACCAUCUGAAGAGGUAAGUCGUGGUAUUCACAAAUGA